AUGCUCCGCACGGCUUCGCGUCUCCCGAGGCUGCCUUUGGCCGGCGGUGUCUCUUCCCGCCGAGGGAUACAUCUCCGCAAAACAGUCUUCUGCUCACCCACAAGAAUAACCAGAAACCAUGCGUACUCGACCGGUUCGCCAGUUCCGAGCGAUAGUGUUAACCCAAGCGACUCGUUUCUGCAGGGAAAUUCAGCUAAUUAUAUCGACGAAAUGUAUCUGAGCUGGAAGCAAAAUCCAUCCAGUGUUCAUAUUUCCUGGCAGGUUUACUUCCGCAACAUGGAAGAUGGUAAACUACCAGCCGAACAAGCUUUCCAACCCCCUCCCACUAUCAUGCCAAAUGCUCCGGCAGGUUAUCCCUCCGUUCUACCAGGAGGACACCUUGGGGGCAAUACCGAUAUUACCAACCAUCUAAAAGUCCAGCUGUUAGUUCGAGCAUAUCAAGUUCGUGGGCAUCAUAAAGCGAAGAUAGAUCCUCUUGGGAUCCGAAGUGAGGCCGAUAUCCUUUUCGGGAAGAAUCAACAACCCUCUGAACUGGAUGCAUCCCAUUAUGGUUUCACUGAGAAGGACAUGAACACAGAGUAUAGCUUGGGCCCUGGGAUCUUGCCCCGCUUUGCUCAAGAUGGAAAGGAAAAAAUGACGCUUCGUGAAAUUGUUGAUGCUUGUGAGCGCACAUAUUGUGGAUCAUACGGGGUAGAAUAUGUCCACAUCCCAGACAGAGAACAAUGCGAUUGGAUUCGCGAACGGGUGGAGAUUCCCACACCAUACAAGUAUUCAGUCGAUGAGAAACGCCGCAUUCUUGAUCGACUCAUAUGGUCGUCUUCCUUUGAAUCCUUCCUCGCGACCAAGUAUCCAAACGACAAGCGCUUCGGCCUUGAGGGAUGUGAAAGCUUGGUUCCCGGCAUGAAGGCUCUGAUUGAUAGAUCUGUUGAUUUUGGUGUUAAAGACAUUGUCAUCGGAAUGCCUCACAGAGGGAGAUUAAACGUCUUGUCAAAUGUUGUACGGAAGCCUAAUGAGUCUAUAUUCAGCGAAUUCAGUCCUACGACGGAGCCUUCUGAUGAGGGUUCAGGUGAUGUCAAGUAUCAUCUAGGGAUGAAUUUUGAGCGCCCAACUCCUUCUGGGAAACGUGUCCAGCUAUCUCUUGUCGCCAAUCCCUCUCAUCUUGAAGCGGAAGACCCGGUUGUUCUCGGCAAAACUCGGGCCAUUCAACAUUAUAACAACGAUGAAAAAGACCACAAGACGGCAAUGAGUGUUCUUGUUCAUGGCGAUGCGGCAUUUGCUGCACAGGGUGUUGUCUACGAGACACUUGGAUUUCAUUCACUGCCAGCUUUCUCAACUGGUGGGACUAUCCACUUGAUCGUUAACAACCAGAUUGGCUUCACAACCGACCCUAGAUUUGCAAGAUCUACUCCGUACUGCUCAGACAUCGCCAAAGCAAUUGACGCUCCGGUGUUCCAUGUCAACUCAGACGAUGUUGAGGCCGUUAACUUUGUUUGUCAACUAGCUGCUGACUGGAGGGCCGAAUUCAAAAAGGACGUCGUCAUUGAUAUCGUUUGCUAUCGUAAAUACGGCCACAAUGAAACAGACCAACCGAGUUUUACCCAACCAUUGAUGUAUGACCGAAUUGCUAAGCAGGAGCCUGCCCUUUCGAAGUAUGUCAACAAACUGCUAAGAGAGGGCACGUUCACUGAAGCAGAUAUCGACGAACACAAGAAAUGGGUCUGGGGAAUGUUAGAAGAAAGCUUUGCGAAAUCUCGAGACUAUCAGCCUACCUCGCGCGAGUGGCUGACAAGUGCGUGGAAUGGGUUUAAAUCUCCUAAAGAGCUUGCCACUGAAGUUUUGCCACAUCUGCCCACUGCUGUCCCUGGGACGACAUUGCAGCACAUCGCUGAAGUUAUCUCGAACGCCCCGAAGGAUUUUACGGUUCACAAAAACUUGACGAGGAUCCUUGGUAACCGCAAGAAGACUGUAGAUGAGGGCUCUGGUGUCGACUGGUCAACUGCUGAAGCCCUGGCCUUUGGAACAUUAGUCAAUGAUGGGAAGCAUGUUCGCGUUUCUGGACAGGAUGUUGAGCGUGGCACUUUUUCGCAAAGACACGCCGUCCUACACGAUCAGAGCAACGAGAACACAUAUACACCACUCCAGCAUGUCUCAAAGGAUCAAGGCCAGUUCGUCAUAUCUAAUUCAUCUCUUAGUGAAUUUGGAGCUCUAGGAUUCGAGUAUGGAUACUCGCUUUCGUCGCCGGAUGCUCUCGUCAUUUGGGAAGCACAAUUCGGAGACUUCGCGAACAACGCGCAGUGUAUCAUCGACCAGUUCAUCGCCGCAGGAGAAACCAAGUGGCUACAGAGAUCCGGCCUGGUAAUGUCGCUUCCUCAUGGGUAUGACGGACAAGGACCCGAGCAUUCUUCGGGGAGACUAGAGAGAUACCUCCAACUGUGCAAUGAAGACCCGAGAGUUUUUCCACCCCCUGAGAAACUCGAUCGCCAACACCAAGAUUGCAACAUGCAGAUCGCUUAUAUGACAACGCCUUCCAACCUUUUCCAUAUUCUUCGUCGACAGAUGAAUCGUGCCUUCAGAAAACCCCUGGUGAUAUUUUUCAGUAAAUCACUCCUCCGCCAUCCCCUCGCAAGGUCGGACCUUUCACAAUUCACUGGAGAUUCGCAUUUUGAAUGGCUUAUCCCCGAUCCUGAACAUGGCAAAACCCUUAAGCCACCUUCGGAGUGCGAACGUGUUCUGAUUUGUACGGGUCAAGUUUAUGCCGCGUUGUACAAAGGCAGAAAGGACCGGGGUAUUGACAAUGUCGCGAUAACCCGUGUCGAACAACUUCACCCAUUUCCUUGGGCCCAGCUUCGAGAUACUUUAGAUCAAUAUCCGAAUGCGAAGGAUAUUAUCUGGGCGCAAGAAGAGCCGCUAAACGCGGGCGCAUGGACAUACGUUCAGCCACGCCUACAAACAAUCUGCAACGAAACGACCCAUCAUAAAGGCAAGAUUGUCCAAUAUGCAGGCCGCAAUCCUAGCGCUAGCGUCGCGACCGGCCUUAAAGCUAUACAUCUAAGGGAAGAGGCUGAACUUGUGAGCAAAGCUCUCGGAAGUAAGUAA